UCAUACUCAGUAAUAAAUUACCAUAGUUUGGGAUCGGAAUUCUAUUUCUGGCCAACAAUUAUUUGAACUUUCUAAUGGCCGUUCAUAAACCGGCGCAUUUCAGACUAUGAAGGAAGGACCGAAGGAGUGUCAUUUUGGCCGCCGGCUCCAACGUUCAACCUCACAGAACGCAUGUUUCUUCUUCUUCUUCUUCUUCUUCUUCCGAAUUCAUCAUAUCUACCAGGCGGAAUCAGAAAUCUCUCCCGCUCUUCGUUUCAAUCUCGCUCAUGCCCGUCUCCAAGGCGAGAAACCUAGCCUCGCUGCUCAGUUCCGCCGCCGCACGGGCCAGAAUCACCGCUUCCGCCGCCUCGGGUUCGGCUCAGCGCCGCUUCGUUCACUCCUCGAACACUCGGUCUCGCUUAUUGGGAUUCUCGUCCCUGCUGCCCCGUGGUUCCCUUGAUUGCUUGGACGGCGAGCAUGAUAUUUUCGAUCGCGAUGAUCCAGAGUUUAAGCUGUCAGGCGAAAUAUCUUCCAUAUUAUGUGGUGCAAAUUCAGAUGUCGUAAACCCACCCGAAUCACAGGAAGGAAGGUGCAGAUGCUAUGGUUCAGAGUUUCACUUAUGCUGUGAGCUCAUAAGAGAUGGAAAUGAUGAUGCAAUUCCAAAUUUAGCUUACUAUGAGGUGCUGCUCUGGAUAAAAACCAAUAAUCAUGAUGCAAUUGGAGAAGUCUGCUAUAAUCUUGCACUCUAUGAUGGUGAAGACAAACAUACCUUUCUAGAAAAUUAUUUGCUAGCGAUGUGCGAUGGUGACUACUGUAAAGAGUUGUUUUUGCAGCUUGCUAACAAUCUCGACAUCACAAAAGUUACAACCAUGAAAAGCUUGGAAAAAAUCUUCAAAGCUUUGGGGAGGUUUAUGUUGGUGAACAUUGCAGAGAGGUGUUUUCUGGAUUUGAAAGCCACCGAUAUUGAAGAAGCAAACAUCUCAACUCUCAUCUUUGCAUACUGUAAAAAUAUACCAAAUUUAGCGGUUGAAGAUAUCGUUCUUAAAUUCAAACAUUUGCACGCUGAGAUGGAUCUCACACCUACAUCUGCACAAUAUGAGAAGCUCAUUAAGUUCUUCUGUGAAUUACUUAAGGUACAUGUUGCGCUUGACUUGGUGGAUCAGAUGCAUAAGCAGAGUUUGACUUUAUCAAAAGAGGCAUUUCAUGUUAUCUUAGAUGCAUGUGAAAAAAGCCGCGAGUACAACUUGGUUCGUCGGAUGCAUUCUAUAAUAACUUCCCAUAAUUUGCAACCGAACAGUGAGACCUUCAGGAUGAUGAUAAACUUGAGUGUAAAAAUGAAAGAUUUUGAGGGUGCAUAUAACUUAGUCAGUGAUCUGAAGAAAUAUAAUUUGACUCCUACAGCUAGCAUGUAUAAUGCCAUAAUGGUUGGCUGUUUCCAAGAGAAAAACAUACCUGGUGGACUGAACGUUCUCAAGGAAAUGGAAGAAGCAGGGGUGAAACCUGACUCUCAAACGUUUUCCUAUCUUAUAAGCCGCUGCAAUUGUGAAGAUCAUAUCAUUAAGUUUUUUAAAGAAAUGACGCUCUCCGGGGUUCAUGUAACGACACAUGUUUAUAUGGCCCUUAUAAAUGCAUAUGCAUCCUGCGGACAGUUUGAAAAGGCUAAGCAGGUAAUCUUUGACAAAGGGAUACCAGCAAAGAACUUGAAUGAAGUAAAAAGUGUUCUCGUUUCAGCUCUAGCAGUCCAUGGAGAAGUUUCUGAUGCCCUUGAAAUGUACAAAAAGUUUAAACAAGACAAAUGCAAUCUGGAGCCUAGAGCAGUUUUUUCUCUUAUUGAUCACCUGCAGUCUGAUGGGGAAUUGAGUAGACUGCUUCAACUGCUUGAUGAGUUAGAUGACCAAGAUCAAUGGGUCAGGGCUUGUUUUAAGGUUGUAUCAUAUUGUGUUCGUCAUGAAGACUUGAGCUCUGCCAUCGAGUUGCUCAGGAAACUUAAGGAUAUAUUUUGCAAUGAUGAGUUGGCUUUGGAGUUUCUUUUUGAUGAGGUAUUCUACCGCUUUGUGGAGAAGGAACCAAGAACCCUGGAUUUUGGAUGGAAUAUGCUUCAAGCUAUUAAGAAAGACUUUGGUCUUUGCCCAUCUCGAAAGUGUCUUGAUUUUCUCCUAUGUGCUUGCAUAAGUGCCAGGGAUGUAGCGUCAUGUUCCAAGAUUUGGAGGGAGUAUCAGGAAGCUGGUAUUCCUUACAACUCACUAAGUUAUUUGAGGCUGUACCAAACUGUUUUGGCAUUGGGCUUACAAGACUUUGCAGAAGAAAUUUUGAGUGAAAUCCCGAAAGAAGAUCCACAUGUUUGGCUAUGCGGCGGGGCAUUGCCGGCGGUUGAAGAUGUCCGAUCGGACAUUGAGGAAGUGGCUCAACCGUCUGACCGCUUUCCUGGGCUGAAUCUAGAAGUUCCGGCAAAGAUGGUAGCCGGGAAGUCGCCGGAGACUCUUCCUUCCGGCUGGUCCGAGUAUGUAAAAGUCAUAAAGGGCAGAAAUGUCAAGCAUUAUGUAGAUCCGGUCAGUGGGUAUGUAUUUUUUUCCAAACCGGACGCGGUGCGCUAUGUACAAACAGGUGAUAUUCUAAAGUGCUUAAAAAGGCCCAAGAGAAGAGACUCUUUGUUGGAAACUGAUAACAAAUCUCAUAAGAUACAAGAAUCAUCUGAUAAUGAAGUGUCUCAAAAUGAGAAAUCUACCAACAGUGAGGAUGAGGAGGGCUCCAUAAUGCAGAUAUCUGAAGGCGAGGAUGCCUCCGUAAAGCAGAUAUCUGAUGGCACGGGCAAGCAACCUUCCAAUGUUGUUUCAUCUGUUUCGGUUGAAGGCAAUUUAGUGGGCGAGAUACCACCCGGGUGGGUUACGGAAAUCAAAACAAGAGUACAUGCUUAUGGAAUACGACGUUACUCCCAUUAUGUAGACCCUGUUAGCGGAUAUGUUUUUCGAUCCAAAAAGGAUGUGAUGCGCUAUGUCCAAACAGGCGAUAUCGAAAAGUGUGCAGUAAGGCCCAAGAAAAGGGACUCCAUGUCUGGAACUAACAACCAAUCUCACGAGAUAAAAGAAUCAUCUGGUGAUGGUGUGUCUCAAAGUGAGAAACCUACUAACAGUGAGGGUGAGGAGGCCUCUAUAAAGCAGAUAACUGAUGGCAGGGGCAAGCAACCAUCCAAUAUUGUUUCUUCUGUCUCGGUUGAAGGCAAUCUUGAGGACGGGAUACCACCAGGUUGGGUUAAGGAAAUCAAAACAACAAGACACGGGUCUAGAAUAAGACGUGAUGCGCUUUACGUAGACCCUGUAAGCGGAUAUGUUUUUAGUUCCAAAAAGGAUGUUAUGCGCUAUGUAGAAACAGGUGAUAUCAACAAGUGUGUAAAGAGGCCCCAGAAAAGGGGCAUUGUGUCCCGAACCAAUAACGAAACUGCUUCCCUCCUUUCAGCUUCUUCCUCCGAUAAGGAAAUGGGUCAGAAUAAUUCACCCGAUGGAGAUGGAGAGGCAGGAGUCACUGUUUCGGGUAGCGCCACUGUGCCCGAAUCCAAUUCGACGAAAUCCAAAAAGAAAAAUUGCCUUAGCACACCGAGUGAACGGGCUCUUCAGCUUGCCGCCAGAAUCGGUGUUGGAACAGAAACAACAAACAUGUCAUCUGCCCAAACCCCGAACGGUCCCACUCUGGAUAUUCACGACAUUGGGAAUUCCGUUCAUUUCGAAGUGAAUUCAUCUGCGGUCACGAGUUCUAGUGGGGCCAAGGCAAACAAAGCCGAACCGGAAACAGAGAACCGCUACCCGAGAUCGAAUUCCAGUGUGGUCAAUACAAAUGAAGCCAAACCGGAAGCAGAGAACCGAAACCCGAGAUCGAGUUCUACUGUGGCGAAGACAAAUGAAGCCGAACAGAAAGCAGAGAGCCGGAACCCGAGAUCGAGUCCAAGUGUGGCCAAGACAAAUGAAGCCAAACCAGAAACAAAGAACCGGAACCCGAGAUCGAGUCCAGCCAAACUAAAAAUAGAGAACCGAAACCCGAGAUCAAGUUCUACUGUGGCCAAGACAAAUGAAGCCGAACUGAAAGCAGAGAGCCGGUACCCGAGAUUGAGUCCUAGUGUUGCCAAGACAAAUGAAGCCAAACAAGAAACAGAGAACCGGAACCCGAGAUUGCAUCCAAGUGUGGCCAAGACAAAUGAAGCCAAACCAGAAACAGGGGAUCGGAACCCGAGAUUGCUUCCAAGUGUGGCCAAGACAAAUGAAGCCAAACCGGAAGAAGACCCGAGAUUGCAUCCAACUGUGGCCAAGACAAUUGAAGCCAAACCAGAAGCAGAGAACCGGAACUCGAGAUUGAGUUCUAGUGUAGCCAAGACAAACAAAGCCGAACUGGAAGUAGAGGGCCUGAAUCCCAAAAUGGAAGGUUCGGGACCCAGGUAUCCGUUCGGGGACUGUUGGUCAGACCCGUGUUUGGAAUUCGCAUUCAAAACGCUUACCGGGGCCGAACCGGAGACAGAGAACCGGAACUUGAGAACGAGUUCUAGUGUAACCAAGACGAACAAAGCCGAUCCGGAAGCAAAGAGCCGGAACCCAAAAUCGGAAGAUUCCGCACCCGUGUUCCCAUUCGGGGACGGUUGGCCAGACCCGUGCUUGGAAUUCGCAUUCAAAACGCUCACCGGGGCAAUACCAGUGGAGGACUUCCUGCAGUGCCGUGGGCCCCGCCGGGACCCUCUGUUUAGCGAUGACAUGACAUCCCAAUCUGCACCGCCGGCGAAACGCCCGCGGAAGGAGGGCUAAGGCUGAAUUUUGACUCCCCCUCCCAUUGAAAGUGAAGAAAUAGUACUAUACUAU